GUGGACCUUCAUGUGGAGUGGGGGACGUUUAAAUUGUCAAUAUUCACCCGGAAUGUCUGAAGGGACAGUUAUGGCACAAGCCCUGUACUUUACCUUUGUUUUGUCGUGUUUGAUAUGUGGAUCAUAUGGUCUCUUUUCAUCUGGCAAUGGCACAACUACAGUGAGCUCUACAACUAAACCAAAUACAACCCGGAGCAAUAAUAGCGCCAACGCACGAGCGGUAAGGUUGACAUCUACAACUACUGCAAAGGUACGGACAACUACUACUAGACCACCGAAAACGACCACCACCGCUAACUAUAGUUUCAACACAGAAGACUUAAAUGAGGGUAUCGACAAGAAAGUGGAAAAAAUAGUAUGGAACAAAGAACCUGAGGAUGAACCAUUAGAAUUAGGUGAGCAGCAUUGAAAUGUAUUUGCUGAUGUAAAAUGCAGGUCAACUGCUAAGAUAAAUGUUAAAACAAUAUUAUGCAUUAUUAUUAAAGUUGUAAUGUGUUAUUAUAGACCAAUGCUAUACAUUGUUGUAGAUUAUAUAUAUUUAUAGACAUUUUUUAAUUAUCUCGUGUCUUUCAAGUGUACUUUUUUUGCAGAUAUCUGACAUCUCACUUCUGCAUCAAGUAAAUGUGUAAUAUGUUUGGAAAAAGACACAGCCAGGGCCAGAUUACAGAACGGGCACGCAGGGCACGUGCCCCAGGGCCCCGACCUUCAUGGGGGUCAUAAGCAACUGCAAAGUGUGUAGCAUUGCUGGAAGUUUGCUUUAAAACUGCACAAUUUUCUCUCAUCCUCAUGGCAAAAUGUGAAGAAUAGCAUGAGAUGAGCUGUAAAACAACAAAUUUUUCUCUCUGUCCCCAUAGCAAAAAAGUGUAAAAUUGCAGGAAAUUAGCUUUAAAACUACAAAAUUAUCUCUCAGCCUCAUGGCAAAAUGUGUAUAAUAGCAUUAUAAAACUGCACGUUUCUCUCUGCCCCAUGCCAAAAUGUGUUGAAAUGUGGGAAGUUAGCUGUUUUCCCCCCCAAAAAAAGGUUUCCCCCAGGGCCCCAAAUGCGGUAGUUCGGCCUUGGGCACAGCCUACUGGUUAAUCGCUACGGGAUCGGUGUCCCGUAUACGGGACGGUUGAGCUAACGUGCACUAAUGUGAUUAGCAUGACUGUUGUAAGUAACAGCAAACUUUGCAGGACAUAGACAUGUCUUAUAUGGGCAGAAAGCUUAAAUUAUUGUUAAUCUAACUGCACUGUCCAAUUUACAGUAGCUAUUACAGUGAAAAAAUACCAUGCUAUUGUUUGAGGAGAGUGCACAACAACAAAAAACGUAUCACCUCUGAAGGUAAAUAAUGUACUUACAUUCAGUAAUCUUGCUCUGAUUUGUCAUCCUGAGGGUCCCAGAGAUAAAAUGUAGCAUAGUUUUGUUUGAUAAAAUCAAUUUUUAUGUUCAAAUGUAGGAACUGGGUUCUACAGUUUGAACCCUUGCUGUCUCUGGCUCCACACCCACCCCGCCCGGCCAUCUAGAUGUGUGAAAGUUAGUGUAUAAGCUAAUGAUCCAUCAUGUAUGACAUUCCUGGGCGUGUGUAAACAUACAUUUUGUAUUACCAUAUCAUUUGUGUAUGUUCUCUAUAGUUAUGUACUUGAAAAUGUAUCAAUUGACCAAUUCGGCACAUUUGGGCAGACUUGAUACAGAAUAGUCCAGUAUUGCAAUGCUUCACUGGAUCAAUCUGAAACUUUGCACACACAGUGCUGCCAUCUAGCGGCCAAAAUCUAAAUUGCGCCUAAACUGCAAUAUUAUAUUGUGGCCUUUCUCUUGCAUUUCAAAGAUGAUAAAACCAUUUUUUGUUUAUAACGCAGAUCUAAUGUGUUAUAUUCUCCUACAUUCAUUUCACAUUUCCACAAACUUCAAAGUGUUUCCUUUCAAAUGGUAUCAAGAAUAUGCAUAUCCUUGCUUCAGGUCCUGAGCUACAGGCAGGUAGAUUUGGGUAUGUCAUUUUAGGCAAAACAUUUUUUUUUUAAAGGGUCCGAUCCUUAAGAGGUUAAAAAGCAUCUCAAUUUGUAUCUUUCAUUUCUUACAUUGAAAUCAUUUAGACCAUGUCCAUCAACAAACAACUCUGAAAACACACAUUGAAAACGAAUGUGAUAAAUAACAACUGUGGAGCGCAAGGCAGGGAAAACACGAGUAACAGGGGGUUGUUAUGUCAAUGCUGAAUUGCUGUGGUCUUAGAAACCAAGUCCAGGGGGUUGGUUCUACAUUCCCACCUCUGUAUGGUGAAGUAUUUAGCUUGGGGGUUAUCAGGUUGUGAUGGGAACCAGCUGUCUUGUAGACACAGACCAUCAGAAAACCCUGGGUUAACUGGCUGAGUCAGCUAUCUACAUUCAGUACCAGAACACCAUAGUUCUGCAUAGCCUGAGAAUGUGUUGUGUAGUCCUUAAGACGGACAUCAUACUUUCACAUUUCACAAUGUUCGUCUUUGUUCAUGAGAUGGUUUGCCUUUUGUAGCCAAGUGGUCCACCAGGAGUGUAAAGGUAGUAAAGAAGCCUAAAAAGACAUGGAAGGAGGUCAAGACACCCAAAGUCCUGCCUAAGAAGCGCAAGCCCGAGGUUGUUAAAAAAAGCAAACCCAAAAUCAUUGGGCGCCCUUCGCUGCCAGUGAAGCCAGUGGGACGUAUGUAUGGGGAACCUCCCUGAGUGACAUAUAUAGUAUGAGAAUGGGUGAAUGCCCAAUAGACAACAUACUGUAUAGCGCUCUUUUUCCUUACUGUGUACAACGCAUGGUACAUUUUCAUUUCAACUUUGAAAUGCAUAAAUGAUAGACAACUGACAUUGACAGCAUUGCUUGUUGACACAGAGUAGCUACAGUACUAGCAGUAGCAAAACAAAACAUUCCCUUGCUUAAAUAGUUGUUGUGCUUUUGCAAUUGUCCUCCAGCAACUGACCUAGUCUUCUGUAGUAUUUCCUGCCCAUCCUCUCUCUCUCUCUCUCUCUCUCUCUGCUCAGUGCUCCAUGGAAGCCCCUCCCUAUGGGGGAGGGGGGCUGGUGCCCCUGAUCUGGUCAGAAAUGUGUCGGAAAGAGAACUGGAAUUACAGGGGCCAGAUGGAGAAGUAUAGCCUGAAUAAGGAGCUGAGCCGAGUAGGAAGUGUGUGUGUUUGGGGCAGAUGGACCAUAAGGCCCCAAAGCAGGGGCAAGAUAUGAGUUUCCCCAGUUUUUCCUCAGAAAAAGGGAGUCUAAUCUUUUAAAUAUUCAUGUUGUAGGUUGGCUGAUCUGCCAAACUGUUUUUCAUCAUGACUAAUGCACUGGUGAAAUGAUGAUGAGUAACCCCAAAGGCCACUGCAUAGUUUGUUGUAAUAUCUCAACUGCUUUCUGAAAUUUGACAUUGUCUCUCUUCAAAUGAUGCCACUGAAGAAACUAUACAAAUUGUUGAGGUUGGACCUGACUUAAUGCAUAAAGCUUAUACAAUGUUUCCUAUGCUCUAAAUAUGAGAGCUCUAAGAAAUCAUUGAGUCCUCACGUUUGCCAAUUCUCCUAACACAAAUAGUAUAGGAGUAAGAACCCAAUUUUCAUAAAGAUUACUAAAGCAUUGUUGACAUGAGGUUAAUGUCUUUGGCAUCACUUCACUAGUUCAGUAGAUCAGUUGGCUACUUUACUUGGCAGACCACUGUCAACAAAGUUUUAAUCGUUUUAAACCAUUGGCUCUUGGGAGCAGAGCAGUGCUCUCUGUCACAAUGAACCAAGUGGUGAGAUCCUGCAGGCCUCUAAGGCAAAAGGGUAUUCGGGUUUUAAGAGAGACCACUCACAGCCCUAGCACAGGAACUAGUGUUUAGAGGGCCAGUCGACCAGGCUCAGCUCCUCAGACAAUGAGCGCCUGUCUGCUCCUCACAUGGAAGCGCAGGAAGUCUCUCUUUCCCUCACUCUUCCGCUCUCUUUCUUGCAAACCCUUCUGCAAUCUCUCUCUUCAUCGCUUUCCCUCUCGCUCUCUUUCAUGCUCAAAUACCUUUGAGAAUUGCGCAUGUAUGCACCCACUGGACACUCACUGGUUGAAUCAACGUUGUUUCCACGUCAUUUCAAUGAAAUUAUGUUGAACCAACUUGGAAUAGACGUUGAAUUGACAUCUGUGCCCAGCGGGCAGUCUCUCAAUCUCCCUUCGACUACCGCUCCUGUGAAGGCUUUAAAUUCAACAUGUCAUGUUCAUGGACAGCUUUCUAACACGUUAGUUCCAUUCCUUCUCAAUAUUUGACCUGUGUGUAUGUGUGACCUUGUUCUCCUCCAUGUCUGUCAGAGUGCCCUCCUCUGGGGCUGGAGUCUCUGAGGUGAAGGACACACAGCUGCGGGCCUCGUCCUACAAGCGCCGGGGACUUGGAGCUCACCGUGGUCGACUCAACAUCCAGGUGAGACCAAGAACUAGUCUACAGGUCUCUCACCACUGUUAGCAAACACAGCACAAUCAGCACUGGCAAAUGUUGCUGCCAUUCUUACCAUUGUAUCCAUGCAUUAUUCUGUGGUAACCAACUCUACAUCUUGUGUUUAGAUUUGUAAAAUGCACUUUGUAAAUACAAUCUGUCUGCCUGGGUAGUCGGGUAUUGAGGACGGGGACAUCUACGAUGGGGCGUGGUGUGCCCAGUAUGAGGAUAAGAAACAGUGGCUGGAGGUGGACGCCCGGCGACCCACACGCUUCACCGGGGUCAUCCUCCAGGGACGCAGCUCAAUCUGGAGGUCAGUGGAGGUCACGGCACAUAUUCACCAAGCCCCCAUUGUGCAGUGAUGUAGCCAUAGCAAUGAAUUUUAUAUAUUGUAAAUGUUGUAUGGACAUUGCUAAAUAGUUGCCCCUGUCUUUCCUAACAGUUGGGACUUCAUACUCACCUACAAGGUGCAGUUCAGUAAUGAUACCCUGGUCUGGCAGCCAGCUAUGAAUGGGACUAAAGAGGCAGUGAGUUGAUUCAAUACAAUACAUUAAAAUAUGAUAUGUAGUAACCAUAAUCUAUUGCCUUCUUCCCAUUACGUUCACUGCAAAAUUCAGAUAUUCAAUUUUGUAUCUUGAAUAGCUUACUAUUUUAUUCCUCAUUACCCAAUUGUCAAGUUGUGUAUCAUUAUGUGGUCUAGUGAGGUAUUAGUAUCUACCAUGCUCUGACAUCAUUGACCAAUGACAUUCCACUGCCUGUUGGCAAGCUGACCAUGGGGCUGAAAGUUUGCCCUGGCCAAAGCUGACUCCACUGUGCCAACCUUGCUAACCCACAAGCCUUACUCUCCAUGGGCACACUGUGACAGAUUGCACCAUCUAGUUACCAGUCUGUGGCUCUGGUUUGGCAAAAGGGUAGAUUGAAAAUGUGACUGGCAGAGAGACAGAAAUGGCAAAAUUGGAAGUUAUUGUAUAAUAUAUUAAAGAUGCACUCUGCAAUUAGAGAAACAACAAAGAAAUGUUCAGCACUUAAUUGAAUAUGAAGUAAUCUCUUCAUAGAGCAUGACUUACAGUGGUUUGCGAAAGUAUUCACCCCCCUUGGCAUUUUUCCUAUUUUGUUGCCUUACAACCUGAAAUUAAAUUGAUUUUUUGGGGGGUUUGUAUCAUUUGAUUUACACAACAUGCCUACCACUUUGAAGAUGCUAAACAUUUUUUAUUUCAAGUUGGAUGGGUUCCGCUGGUGUACAGCAAUCUUUAAGUCAUACCACAGAUUCUCAAUUGGAUUGAGGUCUGGGAUUUAACUAGGCCAUUCCAAGACAUUUAAAUGUUUCCCCUUAAACCACUCAAGUGUUGCUUUAGCAGUAUGCUUAGGGUCAUUGUCCUCCUGGAAGGUGAACCUCCGUCCCAGUCUCAAAUCUCUGGAAGACUGAAACAGGUUUCCCUCAAGAAUUUCCCUGUAUUUAGCGCCAUCCAUCAUUCCUUCAAUUCUGACCAGUUUCCCAGUCCCUGCCAAUGAAAAACAUCCCCACAGCAUGAUGCUGCCACCACCAUGCUUCACUGUGGGGAUGGUGUUCUCUGGGUGAUAAGAGGUGUUGGGUUUGCGCCAGACAUAGCGUUUUCCUUGAUGGCCAAAUGCUCAAAUUUGAGUCUCAUCUGACCAGAGUACCUUCUUCCAUAUUUGGGGAGUCUCCCACAUGCCUUUUGGCGAACACCAAAUGUGUUUGCUUAUUUUUUUCUUUAAGCAAUGGCUUUUUUCUAGCCACUCUUCCGUAAAGCCCAGCUCUGUGGAGUGUACGGCUUAAAGUGGUCCUAUGGACAGAUACUCCAAUCUCCGCUGUGGAGCAUUGCAGCUCCUUCAGGGUUAUCUUUGGUCUCUUUGUUGCCUCUCUGAUUAAUGCCCUCCUUGCCUGGUCCGUGAGUUUUGGUGGGCGGACCCCUCUUGGCAGGUUUGUUGUGGUGCCAUAUUCUUUCAAUGUUUUAAUAAUGGAUUUAAUGGUGCUCCGUGGGAUGUUCAAAGUUUCUGAUUUUUUUUUUUAUAACCCAACCCUGAUCUGUACUUCUCCACAACUUGUUUGGAGAGCUCCUUGGUCUUCAUGGUGCCGGUUUGCUUGGUGGUACCCCUUGCUUAGUGGUGUUGCAGACUCUGGGGCCUUUCAGAACAGGUGUAUAUAUACUGAGAUCAUGUGACAGAUCAUGUGACACUUAGAUUGCACACAGGUGGACUUUAUUUAACAAAUUAUGUGACUUCUGAAGGUAAUUGGUUGACCCAGAUCUUAUUUAGGGGCUUCAUAGCACGCACCACUUAUUUUUUUCAUUUCACUUCACCAAUUUGGACUAUUCUGUGUAUGUCCAUUACAUGAAAUCCAAAUAAAAAUAAAUUUCAAUUACAGGUUGUAAUGCAACAAAAUAGGAAAAACGCCAAGGGGGAGAAUACUUUUGUAAGCCACUGUCUCCACUAUUGGGGUUUUCCUGUACUGUAGGUGUUUGAGGGGAACCAGGAUACUGAAACUCCAGUGUUGGCCCUAUUUAACGAGUCGUCAACAGUGGCACGCUACAUCCGCAUCAAUCCACAGAGCUGGUACGAGAACGGAACUAUCUGUCUGAGAGCUGAGGUUCUGGGCUGUACCCUACCAGGUUUGUCCACCACCAUCAUCACAACAUCCUCCCAACACUAGAUUAAGACACAGGAAUCAUAACCUCAACAAUAUUCAAAUGUUAUUGAAUUUCCAUUAUGUUGUGUCUUUCCCCUCCUGUAGAUCCCAACAACAUCUAUGCUUGGCAGCAGACGGAGCAAGGCACCCAAGACAAGCUGGACUUUAGACACCACAACUACAAGGAGAUGAGGAAAGUAAGGCCUGAUGUGGAGACUUUCAGCACUCACCCAUAGGCCACUGGUGUAGUUUGAGGGUUCUUUAGAAUUAUGGUGGUGCAGAUUUGAUAAUGAACUGACCACAUUCACAGCCAUACAUCAACUCAACUACUUCCUGUUCUCUUCCAACAAUUAACAAAUAUCUGAUCAAUAAGAAUAUAGCAGCGACUCUCAACUGGUGGUGGGGGAGGGGGGGGGGGGGGGGUCGUGGGAGGUUUCAAAUGGGUUGCGGGUGUCUGAGAGAAUUAUCAUUAUAAUUCCAAACAACUGAUUCACCAUAUUUUAAACCUACACAACAGUGACUUAGAAAAUAAUAAAAUGUCUAAUUAAAAAAAAUCCUAAACUGGCUAAGAUUUUGUGAUGUUGAGCAUAGCAGCAGGGACAUGGCAUGCAACAGUUAGCAAGAAACUCCCUCCCUUCACUUCAAUCUACUCUCUGUGGCGCGUGACUGAAUCUGUCCUGGAAGCAGAGGGUUUCUGGUUAGAGCUCCCUCCCUCACUCUCACCGAAAAACAAAUAUUUGUAGUAUUUUUUUUCUUCUUCUUCUCCUUACUACACUGCCACUACCACUCAGUAAAGAGCUUGAGGUAAGACUGACAGUUACGAUGUAACAUUGGGCUUGUGUCCACACACACACACACACCGCACUCUCCCCAUGUACUCGCAAACUAAACCAGGACUAUGUAUCCAGUUAACUAAACCAGGACUAUGUAUCCAGUUAACUAAACCAGGACUAUGUAUCCAGUUAACUAAACCAGAACUAUGUAUCCAGUUAACUAAACCAGGACUAUGUAUCCAGUUAACUAAACCAGGACUAUGUAUCCAGUUAACUAAACCAGGACUAUGUAUCCAGUUAACUAAACCAGAACUAUGUAUCCAGUUAACUAAACCAGGACUAUGUAUCCAGUUAACUAAACCAGAACUAUGUAUCCAGUUAACUAAACCAGGACUAUGUAUCCAGUUAACUAAACCAGAACUAUGUAUCCAGUUAACUAAACCAGGACUAUGUAUCCAGUUAACUAAACCAGGACUAUGUAUCCAGUUAACUAAACCAGGACUAUGUAUCCAGUUAACUAAACCAGGACUAUGUAUCCAGUUGUACGGUAGACAAACUGUACUGUACAUACUGAAGCUUCCUUCUCAGUCACACUUAACCAUCAUAAGGCAGUGUAACGCAAUCCAUUCCUGGUGGACCUCCUGGAAGCAAAUACAUUUGCAUAACACUGGGGGUCCCACAGGAAUUCAAGUCUUUUGCCGAUCAGAGAACACCAUAAUGCUCAGUACCAUUUAACUCUGUCCCUCCUCAGCUCAUGAAGUCAGUGACCGAGGCCUGCCCUGACAUCACACAUAUCUACAGCAUCGGGAAGAGUCACAUGGGCCUCAAGAUGUACGUCAUGGAGAUCUCCGACAACCCUGGAAAGCAUGAGCUGGGUGAGUAGAUGUAGGCCUAUUACAGCUUAUGAAGUUUCAGCAUAAGGCAAUACUACAUAACUUACAGCCUGGCCUCAUAGACUAGACGUAACAAAGUAAAUGUAAAUCCGGGACACUCAAAUUAGUAUGAUAUGUUACGUUUGGUAUGGUUACUUAAGGAGAAAAAAACUAAAUUUAGAGUGUGCAAAGCUGUCAUCAAGGCAAAGGGUGGCUAUUUGAAGAAUCUCAAAUAUAAAAUAUAUUUGGAUUUGUUUAAAACUUUUUGGGUUACGACAUGAUUCCAUAUGUGUUAUUUCAUAGUUUGGAUGUCUUCACUAUUAUUCUACAAUGUAGAAAAUAGUCUAAAUAAAGAAAAACCCUGGAAUGAGUAGGUGUGUCCAAACUUUUGACUGGUACUUUAUAGUGUAUCAUACGAAUUGUAAUUCGUAACAUAUCAUACGAAAUGGAUGAUGGACAUCCACAAAUGAAUACAUACCAUACCAAACGUAACAUAUCAUACUAAUUGGAGUGUCCUGGAUUUACAUUUACUAUGGUAAGUCCAGGUUGGAACUUAUCUGCAGUACCACUGCUAUAGUACUUUGUACAGUAUGCUCUCAGAGACUGGACUCAACCCUUGUUCACUCUGACAUGUCCAAAGUGUUUGCUUUGGGCUCACUGACCACGCUCGGCGCCCAUUGAGCCGGUCUACCAGCUCUGGCAACCACUAAUACCCCUUGCCGCCAGAACUCAUAAUGGGAGAGGGAAUCCGGAAUGCCAUAGACAGAGAACUGGUUAGCCUGUGCACUGGAAUGUAAGGAGAAACACUAUCAAACAGGGGGUGACUAGUCUUCAAAUGUCAAUGCAAAUGUUGGCCUGUUUCGUAAGAGAAUAAAAAGCUUUGAAUGGUUUUUGUCUGUCAACUUGACCUAAUUUUGUUGUUAACCUCCAAUUCCCUUGGCAGAGGUUAAGCCAGACUAGCUUAAUGUUCCACUGGCAAAAUCCUUGGCAGAGGUUAAGCCAGACUCUAGUUUAAUGUUCCACUGGCAAAGUCCUUGGCCUUUUCAUCUCAUGUGCCAGUAUUUACAAUGUGAACUCACAGUCAGUGGGUUCAUGGUGAUAGAAAUGUGGGGGGGAUAUUUUCCUAUUUUAUCUAACCCCAAAUGUUUUGCUGUGACACAAGGCUUUAGGUAUGCUGCACUGUUACUGUAAAAACUGACCAUAUAAUCAGUUUCAUGGCUGUGAAAAACACAGGCAAGAUAACAGAAAGGAGAGGACAGAAAUGUAAAUAGUUUAUGUGAGGGUGUCUGAGGUUGUUGUUGUCCAAAGGAUGUCCUGUCUGUGAUUUACAUGCUUUGUAACGAUCAGGACCUGUGCCAUUCAGACUCUCUGGACAGGUGUUUUCUAUCAACAAUGCAUUGAUUCUAGGGGCCUUAUUUCAACCAAAACCAGUAACCAGAAUUCCAGGAUUCCAUAUCCAUUCUUGCUGUGUUAUGAGAACACUGUUUUGAACCAACGUGGAAUAGACGUUGAAUUGACGUCUGUGCCCAAUGGGAAGCAUAUUUUUUGUCUUACAGUAUCUCAGAGAUCAAGUUAGUUAUGAUGACUUCAUAGGUCAUCUAAGAACAACAUUCAAAUUGUUCAUUAUUUUCUUAUUUAAAGCUAUCUAACUAUGCCCAGAUUGCUGCUUUGAAUGGGUGGUGUGUGUGUGGUGUGAAUUAGAGAGGGGAGGUUAAAAACAUUUCAGGAACGUUGCACUCGGAACCUACAGAAGCCCCUUGAGCAUAUGAACAUACGUGGCUUGUGCUCCUCCAAAGCCGAGAGUAAUCUUGCAGCCAAAUAAUUAUUUGUUUGAAUAAAUGAUUAAGUCUGGACCAGGUCGUUAAGUUAGAUUCAGUCCAAUCACACCAGUGUUGUGUUAUGUUCGCCAAGUAAAAGCCACAGUUUUAAAUGCUGUUGAUUGAAUUUAUACUCAGCCAUAUCUCUUUGGCCCCGCCCCUGGAACGUUGUUACUUGACUCAAGGGACGUGGCUCAAGGGAAGUGGUCAAAAACCACAAAGCUAUCAAGGGGGGAUGUGCUGGAUUUCAGAACCGUCUGCCAGUGGAUUAUAUAAGGGCGGCAUAUUAGUAGCUUCUAACCUAAUGGUCAAUUUUGUACUGUAUAUAAACCCUGAAUUGCUGAUGCUAUGUUUUGGCCAUUGAGAGUUUUUGAAGCCGCCGGUCGGCCAUAUUGGCACUACCCCGUAGGAGCAGUCCUCCAUAGGAAUGAAUGGAAUUCUACAGUAUUUCUAAUAAAGGACAAAAUUACAUGUAUUUAGGUAUUUUUGUUGUUGUAGUGGGGACAGAAACCUUAGUAAUCUCAAAAAAGUAUUAUGUUUAGCUCACAUAAUAUAAUUUAAAAGUAUGGAUUAAGGUGUCUGUAAUAUAAUAAAUGUGGCAAAAACGAAUGUAGACAUUAAUAAAUGCAUUUGUAUAGCUUCCAAAAUAUUUUUUACAACAGUAGGGGAGUGCCAAGAUGGAGGCAAGGAGGCUUCAACACAGCACCCCCUAUUAGUCAUCUAGUGCAUAUACAAAUCAUUGGUCACAACUACUUUUGGAGGCACUGCUAUGCUGUGUUUACACAUGUGCUUUGUCUCCCUCUGCAGGCGAGCCAGAGUUCCGCUAUGUGGCUGGAAUGCAUGGUAAUGAAGCCCUGGGCCGGGAGCUGCUGCUCAACCUGAUGCAGUAUAUCUGUCAGGAGUACAAACUGGGCAACCAGCGCAUCGUCCGGCUGGUCAAGGAGACACGCAUCCACCUGCUGCCAUCCAUGAACCCUGAUGGUUAUGAAAUGGCCUUCAAGAAGGUCUCAGAAAACAUGUUAUAACAUGUUUUGUUGUAAUAUAAUAUAUUAUAGUGUUAUAACUGAGAUUAUCUUUUAAUGCUCAAAUUAAAUGGUCAAAUGUUCUUUAACCAUUCAAAGAGGCCCAUGUUAACCUCUGACCCUCCACUCUCCUCCCAUCCCAGGGUUCCGAGUUGGCGGGGUGGGCCCUCGGUCGCUAUAGCUACCAGGGCAUCGACAUGAACCACAACUUUGCUGACCUGAACAAGGUCAUGUGGGAUGCUAUUGAAUUUGACUACCAAAAUAACGAUAAGUCCAAACUCAUAAACCACUACAUCCCUAUACCAGAGUACUACACCUCAGAGGACGCCUUUGUAAGUUGACAUUUAGAAUGCACAUGCACAAAUCAAAUCACCAAAUAGUAUCCACACUCUGGAAUUGUGUUAGAGAAUUAGGGAAACCAAAAAUGGGAACAUUUUCUUAAAUCUCCAAUUAUAGCGCUUGAUGGUUUUUGCGACUGCACUUAUAAUAUAUAAUAUGCCAUUUUGCAGACGCUUUUAUCCAAAGCGACUUCCAGUCGUGCGUGCAUACAUUUUUGUGUAUGGGUGGUCCCGGGGAUCGAACCCACUACCUUGGCGUUACAAGCGCCGUGCUCUACCAGCUGAGCUACAGACUUGAAGAAACUUUCAAAGUUAUUGAAAUGUUCGGUAUUGACUGACCUUCAUGUCUUAAAGUAAUGAUGGACUGUCGUUUCUCUUUGCUUAUUUGAGCUGUUCUUGCCAUAAUAUGGACUUGAUCUUUUACCAAAUAGGUAUACCCCCCCUCCCCCACACCUUGUCACAACACAACUGAUUGGCUCAAACGCAUUAAGAAGGAAAGAAAUUCCACAAAUUAACUUUUAAGAAGGCACACCUGUUAAUUGAAAUGCAUUCCAGGUGACUACCUCAUGAAGCUGGUUGAGAGAAUGCCAAGAGUGUGCAAAGCUGUCAUCAAGGCAAAGGGUGGCUAUUUGAAGAAUCUCAAAUAUAACAUAUAUUUUGAUUUGUUUAACACUUUUUUGGUUACUACAUGAUUCCAUGUGUGUUAUUUCAUAGUUUUAAUGUCUUCACUAUUAUUCUACAAUGUAAAAUAUUGUAAAAAUAAAGAAAAACCCUUGAAUGAGUAGGUGUGUCCAAACGUUUGACUGGUAGUGUAUAUAGUACUCUAAAUACGCCAAUUCAAAUUUAGUUCAAAAGUUUCUGAACCCUCAUUGGUUUGAAUGGUAUUCUUUUGAACUAAACUUGAAUUGGCGUAUUUAGAGUACUAUAUAGGUAAAGAACAUUGAACAGAACAAGGCUAUGUCAAUAACUCAAUUUUGACAAAAAUGCAGAUACUGUAUAACCUUAUAGUCCCAAGCUCUCGAUUUGUCAUGUAGCAAUAUCCUUGAGAAUAUAUGUCAAAACUAUCACACAUAGAAUAUAAACCAUUUUAAUUGUUGUACUUCACUAUACUGUUUGAAUGCAAUAUUCCUGUGGCAUUGACCUAUUCUCAUAUCCUAUAUGCCAGGUGGCCUUAGAGACGCGUGCUGUCAUUAACUGGAUGCAGAACAUCCCGUUCGUACUAAGUGCCAACCUCCACGGGGGUGAACUGGUGGUCACCUACCCUUUCGACAGGACGGAAGACUGGGCACCUCGCGAUGACACCCCUACACCGGACAAUAGUUUCUUCCGCUGGCUGGCCACCGUCUAUGCCAGCACCAACCAGGUUAUGUCGAAUCCCGACCGCCGGCCUUGUCACAAUGAAAACUUCCAACGCUACAACAACAUCAUCAACGGAGCAAACUGGCACACGGUCCCAGGAAGUGAGAAUUCAACCGCUUUUAUGGUCAUGCAUUUUGUGAUCUUGUUUAUCUCAUCAUUGUCUUUGUUAAAGUACCUUUUUUUAAGAUUUACAUUCUUGAUUAUUUGCCUUAAACCUCUAUCUGUUUUCCAGGCAUGAAUGAUUUCAGCUAUCUACACACCAACUGCUUCGAUGUGACAGUGGAGCUGUCCUGUGAUAAGUUCCCCCAUGCCAGUGAGCUGGCCAUCGAGUGGGAGAACAACAAAGAGUCUUUACUGAUCUACAUGGAGCAGGUCCGUCCAUCAAUAGUGUCUGGUGCAGUUUAAACACAACAUGAUGGUGUUGUUGAUCUCUAUAUUUUCCCUUUCUAUUGAAGGUCCAUAGAGGACUCAAGGGUGUGAUCAGAGACAAAGACACAGAGGCUGGCAUUGCAGAUGCCAUAAUCAAAGUGGAUGACAUCGACCACCAUAUUAGAUCAGGUGGGCUGUCUCCCUCCUCACAUGCAAAUGUUUUCACGUCAGUAAAUGAUACAAGAAGAAAACCUCAAAAUGAUACCGUCAAAUUGCCCCUAGAGGGCACUGCAGGAAUAUGUUAUCAAAGGAGUAGGCCAAAGAAGCCAACAACUAACCAGUAGCCAUUUUGUGUCCUGCUUCUACUGCAGUUGCUGACGGGGACUACUGGCGCCUGCUGAACCCGGGCGAGUAUGAGGUCACGGUGAGCGCCGAGGGCUACAACCCUUCCACACGUACGUGCCGUGUGAUGUACGAGCAUUACCCCACCAUCUGUGACUUCCGCCUCACCAAGACCUCCAAACAGAGGCUGAAGGAGAUCCUGGCCAAGGGAGGCAAGCUCCCCAAAGACCUGCAGCUGAGGCUGCGACAGCUGCGUCUGAGAAAACUGAGGGCCAGCACCAAGGCCAUCAACGGUCGACGUGCGGCUGCUAGCAGGAAGGCACGGGGGUCGUGAUGUUGAUCAGGCAUUCGGUGAACCAAUCACAACACACUUUGUCUGGAGGGUUGUUGUAUUUCAUUGGCUCUUGUGAGGGAACUUCCUGGUUUAAGUCAGUUUGGAAGUCUUUACACCAUGUGGGCAGUUCUGUAGGGCUAGCCUACUGAGAUGCAAAAAAAAUAACAAUGUAAAUGUAAAAUGCAUUGUACUUACGGUAUGGUUUAGUGAUUUAUUUCUGAAGAAAGGGACAUAUCGUAUUUAGAUAUUUGAAUCAGAUUGGAGAAAAUAAUUGCAAACAUGUAUAACAGGAACAAUAUUAUUUUCACUUGAAGAACUGUUAGUUACAACAACAAAUUAAGUGGCAUGAUGCUGUUCAAAUCCACCGUUGGGUAGAUAUACCACUAUUCAAGUAAAAUUCCUGCCACAAAUUACAGACCAAACUCAUGAGACUAAAAUGACUAAUGUAUCAUAUCAUAGAGACAAGAGCUCUACUGUUACAGUCUGGGACUGAUAAGAGUUCUACAUGAGAUAUUUUAAAUCUAUUCAAAUGAAAUUAUAUGACUUCUAAUAUUUGUCUUUCUUUGGUUCAUUUUUGUACUACCAAAAUGAAAUGCUGGCAUUUGGAUGUCCUUGCAAGCCAAGAGACAACGUUAUAAAUGGAUCCCAAAUAAAGCUUUACUUACAACACCAAUA